AAUCAGGUAGUUUUUGAUAUACCCUUUUCCUUUUCUUCAACUUUAAUGCUGAGAAUUUCAUCUUCAAUUGGUUAUGGUCUCUGAAAUGUGUGGAUUUUUUUUUUGUUAUUAUUUUUGUUUUCGUUGUGUGUGUGUGUUGGGUGGCAUUUGGUUCUCAAGAUUAGUCCAAGGAUUAUAGAUUUUUUUUUCAAUUUUAUUUAUAUAUGGCGUUUUGGGUCUUUGAAUUUUUGUUUUUUCUUGGUUUUUUGUGUUUCAUUUGAUAUACUCCUUCCGUUUUCUUGAAUUUUAAUGCUGGGAAUUUCUCCUCACAUUGGUUGUGUGUGUGUGAUGGCAUUUGGUUGGCAAGAUUAGUCUAAGGAUUAUAGAGUUGUUUUUUUUAUUUUAUAUAUAGCGUUUUGGGUCUUUGAAUUUUUGUUUUUUCUUGGUUUUUUGUGUUUCAUUUGAUAUACCCUUUCCGUUUUCUUGAAUUCUAAUGCUGGGAUUUCACGUUCCAUUGGUUGUGUGUGUGUGUGGUGGCAUUUGGUUGGCAAGAUUAGUCCAAGGAUUGGGGCGCUUUUUUUUGUUCAUAUAUAUAGCUUUUUGGGUCUUUGAAUUUCAUUUUGUGUUGUCUAUGGUCUCUGAACUGUGUAGAUUUUAGUCGUGUGUGUGUCUGUGUGGUGGCAUUUGGUUGUCAAUAUUAGUCAAUGAUUGGAAGCUUUUUUUUUAUAUAUAUAUACACCUUUUUGGGUCUUUGAAUUUUUUGUCUUUCUUGUUUUUUUACCACUUGAUAGGUGGGUGUUGCAUUUCUAUGGGUAGUUUCGUCUUUCAUUUGCUAUGAAUGGGUUUUGGUUUGUAAUUGUGUUCUGUUUUCGAGAUUGCAUCUGUGGGUUUCUGUUUCAGUUUUCAUUUGGUGAAUUAGAAUUUAUAUAGGUAGUCGAGGGUCUAUCACAAACAACCUCUCUACCCCACAAGAGAGUGGUAAGGUCUGUGUAUACACUAUCCUCCCCAAACUCCACUUGUGGGAUUAUAUUGGUAUACAUUAUUGCCUGUGGGAUCUUGCUGUCACUGUACUGUCCACUCUUAUCAGACUCAUGAAGGUUUGGCGCCAGCACGUGACAUGAAGCCUCUAGAAAUGAAGCCAAGAACCAACGGGGGAUCAAGGUCCCAGAGGUCCAAAGGUGUUCAGAGUGAGGGCCCUAACUGGGUCAUAAUUGCAGGUAGCGCAUUAUUAAGUACAUUAUCUGUACGCUUAGGCUACAAGCUGAAGCAGGUGCUUGAUUCGAGACAACAAAACAAGACUACGAGCAGUUUGAAAGGAAACGAGAAGUCUCCUGAUAGAAGUAAGCUAGGGAAUGGUCGCUUGCAGCCAAGUACUUAUUAUUUUUCCCAAGAUGAUGGCUGUUACAAUUGCAAUACAGUAACUGGAGGAUUGGAAAUUACGAAGCAGCAGUAUAAUGGUUCUGAUCCUGAAAUGGUGCUCCCUCUCGUGACAGUGCCUGCCAUCGAAUUCAAUAAAGAGAAUGGCCGGGCUUGGCCUACCUCUCCUGAGCGUCUUGAACUGCCACAGAAACCAUUCCACCGCUCUAACAGCUCUGAGUCGCCAUGUGUCUCAGAAUCCGGUUCUGAUAUAUACAGCAAGCGCGAAGUGAUACAAAAGCUGAGACUACAGUUAAAGAGAAGGGACGAAACAAUAUUAGAGAUGCAAGAACAAAUCGUAGAGUUGCAGGCUUCUCUCAACAAUCAGCUGUCUCUUUCCGCCCAUCAGCAGUCAUUGCUGGAUGCUGCAAAUAGAGAUCUGUUUGAUUCGGAGAGAGAGAUACAGAGGCUGAGGAAGGCAAUUGCAGAUCAUUGCAUGGGACAAGGUGGUUCUUGUGACAAGCCCCCAACAGUACCUGUAUGGCCAGCUGAAGUCCGUUAUGCUCAUACUAACGGUCACCUUGAAGUUGAUAAAAAUUCAGAUACCUCAGAAAAGGGUAGAGGAGAUGGAGAAAGGUUUGAAAUGCUGAAGCGUGAAAAAGAUGAGUUGAAAGACGUGAUUGAAGGGAAGGAUUAUCUGAUCAAAAGCUACAAGGAGCAAACUGCUGAGCUUUCAAUCAAGGUCAAGGAGUUGCAGCAAAGAUUGGAUGCACAGCUCCUAAAUAUUUUGGGUUAGAAUUGUGUAUUCUUUUGUUUGCUUCCCAUUCCCUUGAUUGAUUUAAGCUUCAUGAUAUGGGAAUGCUAUUUUCUCAGUUUUCUCUGGCUUUUUUUUUCUUCUGUGCUGUUCAUAAUGUCGUCGAAACGGUUUCCAUAUACCUGCGUAGUAUUAGUGGAUUUAGUUUGAUGAUUGCCUCCUGUUGCUGAACAUGUAAAGAUGGUUCACCAUGCAUCUCUAUGCAUUGAGUUUUUUCAUCUAUAUAUUUAAGAUACUUUUUGGUCA